AUGCUUAAUUUAAUGUCUUUUUCAUCGUCAAAUUUUGGUCGAUAUGCUUCACAAACAGAAUUUUCUAUGGAUGAAUUAAAUGAUAUAAAUGAACGUACACAAAUACAACAAAUUAUAACAACGAAUAAUAUUCCAUCAUUAAUGUCAUUAUCAAUAACACCACCAAUAACAACAAAAAAUAAUCAAGAAAAAUCAACAAUUCCUACAUCUAUAAUCAAAGAAAAUAUUGAACCAUUACCAUUUCCACAACAUGGUUUAGGUCCAAUUCAACGACCAACUAAACUUUCAUGUUCAACAACUAUACAAUCAUCAACAUCAUUUCUUACUGAUUCUACUCAAUCACCAAAUACACCUGAUGUACUUGUUCAAAUAAAUCGUCUUCUUGAUCAUUCAAAUAGUGUAACAACAAUAGCAUCAACACCUAAUGUUCCUAUAUCAACAUUAAUCAAUGAUAUUUCAACACCAAAUGUUUCAUGGACACCAUUUUUACCAGGAGAAUGGUCAUCUAAAUAUGAUUCAUCAUGGCCAACAACAAAUCUUCAAACUCCAAAUGUUUCUGUUACAAGACAAAUACAAAAUCCAUUUUUACAACAACAACAACAACAAAUAACAAAUGAAGAAUCAUCACUUUGGUCAUCAACAUCAUCAAAUCCACGUACAACACAAAAUACUUCUGAAUGGCAAGAAAUUUUUUCAUCUAAUGUUCCUUCAUCAACUCAAACAACAAAAUCAACAGAUAAUUCUUGGUUAAAAUUUUUACCUGUCUCUGAUUCAUCUUCAAUUGAUAGUAUAACAACAAAUAAUAGACAAGAAAAUGAAACAAAUAAUUCAUUUUGGAAUCUAAUGAAUUCUAAUGAAACACAACAAAAUUCAUCAACAUCAUGGUGGCCGAAAACAUCAUCUAAUGGAAAUAAUAAUGAUAAUGAUCAAUCUCGAUGGGAUUUUGCUCGUUAA